UAUGCAUUUGUCACUUCUUGUGCUUAUGCAACCGCGAUUUUUGACUCUUCGGAACGUGUUUCCUAGCAUUCAAGGCCCAGUUCAAAGUUUUACAGCAGUAAACAUGCCCAAAAGAAAGGCAUCUUCAGAUGAUGGAAAAUUACAGAGUAAAGUAUCCAAGAAAAGGAAAUCUACAGAAUCUGAUGAAGAAGAAUCUAAAGGCAGCAAGCAGAAAAAAUCUCACCCCAAACUGAUAGACCCAGCAACAAACACAGAAACUAUAGGGGAAAUUAAAUACACAGCAAAGGAGCCAACAAGAAACAAGAAAGGAGAAUUAGUUUUUCCAGAUUUUCCAGAAUUCCGUCCAAAUAUGUCACCCAAAGAAGUUCUGCAGGCUGGCAGUUUUGGCGGAACUUACUUCCGUCCAAUCAAAUCAUCUGUUACAGGUAAACAGUAUAAAGAUGAGGCUUUCAAAGAACUCCCCAAAGACUGGACAGAGGGUCUUAACAUUAAAAAACAGGUAACCUCUUCAUCUUACAAUGAGUCAGUGAAUACAUACAAGGUGAAGUGUGGGGGAAGUCUGGAGAUGUGGGAGGAGAGUGGGUGGAUCCACAAACAAGACCCAUAUGGAUGGUUCCAGUGGUACUGCAGAUUCUAUCAAGGAAGGAGGACCCUUGAUGAUGAGCGACAGGUGGGGAGAUGGUUGAGGUGUGCAGGACCCACAGGAAGAUGGAAAAACAACCUCAUCUCCAAGUGUUACCGCAGUGGAGCACGAUAUAAUGACCCCAACAUCUCCCCCGUGGUCAGACAGACCCUACAACACUGGGGGUACAGGCUAACGGAGGAGGACUACCUGGCCAAGGAGAAACAGCUUAAGAGAAAGAAAGUGGUUUAGAUAGCCUUUGAAAGAUUUCUGGUCAUUCAAAGCAGUUAUUUUGGUAUGGUAAAAGUAUGAAAAGGUCUGUAAGAAGAAGAUAAAUGGUGUGGUACAGAAAAAAUCAUAAGCCAGAAAGAUUUGUCCAGUACAACAAAUGCAUAAUGAAUAUGAAACUAGGACAGAGAUGGACACAGGUUGAGAUGAGAUUAUCUAGAGAACUUACAAACAAUUCUGUCAUUUUUAAACAGUACUGAAUUCCUUAAAGUAUUUUUUUCUGUGAAGUAUUCUGUCGUAAAAAAAAGUAUGUUUUGGAAUCAUUGAAGGAUGUGGAUAAGUAACAGACAUAAUUCCACUUAAAACAUUGCUUUUAACUAUUAUCAUUACUUUGCAUAUAAUGUGUUUCCGCAUCAGAAAAUGAAUGUACAAAUAAGUAUAGCUAUGUUAUUGCCAUUCAUUUUAGUCUGUAGUUUGAUAUUUUUAUGUAACUACAUAAUCAGUGAGAAUUGUUGGCUUGAAAAGCUAUAAAAUCCCACAUUAGUAUUAGAAUUCAAUUUUGUUUUUAAACAUUCAAUGUAUUUUACAUUUUACUAGAUGAGUGAUUGUAAAGUGUCAU